CCUGUUGACAACAAUGGCGUUAAAUAAUGAUGACUAGCUGUAACAUUCUAGAAUCUACAAAUAUACGGACAUGACUGACAUGACUUUCAAUGUUGGAAGAUGUUAUAAAUUUCUAGAAAAAAAGCAUAGCUAGACAAAGAGAUUUAUUCUCACUUACAAUGGAUGUUACAAACGUAGGUCAUGUCAGAUCAGCAACAUCAUCCACUCAGGUGGUAAGAAUAGUCCAUAUUUCAGAUACACAUCUUGGGCAUAAUGCCUUGACACCACCAAGACCUCUUAGUGGCAACAUAUCCAUUCGAAGAAGCAUCAGCAGCGAUUCCCCCAAUCAGAUCAUAAAUGAGAAAGGGGUGAAUGCCUUUGAAAAAAGGUCAAGCUCUUGCAAAGAUUCACACGAGAACUCCUUUCAUAAAGGAGGUGUUUUCCUGAGCAGCCUCUCUGGGUCGUACUCCACAAGUGCUAAUGAAAUUCCAAGUGGGGACAUUCUUAUUCAUUCAGGGGAUUUCUAUUCUAACCAUUCUGGCGUUUUUUCCCGAUCUGAUAAUUUUGAGGAGAUUGUGCAGAUGAUGAAUGACUUCUUUGACAGAUUUCCACACAAAAUUAAGCUCUUCGUUGCUGGUAACCAUGAAACGGCCUUAGAGCACAAGAAACUUCAUACGAUUCAGGAGAGGCUGAUAUCUGCAACAUAUCUUUGUAACACAUCGUUUACUUAUAAGGGCAUCAAUUUCUAUGGAGCUCCGUAUUCUCCCUUUAGGCUCAUGACCAAUGCCAGAGGUUUUAUUUGUAACUCUCGAAAAAUAGCAGCACACUGGCGGGAGAUACCAUCAAAAACAGAUGUCUUGAUUACGCACGCUCCUCCAUAUGGAAUACUUGAUCUGGCCACAGAUUGGUCAACUCGAAAAAUUCCUAAAUUAUCUAAAGCUUUUCAUAGAGUCAUUCUAGCAAGUACCUGUGAAACCUGCGGCUUAGAGCAUCCAGGAAGAAGUCACUGGGGAUGUCCACAUUUGAGAGAUGAAGUUCUUAUUCGAAUUAAACCUCAACUUCAUUUGUUUGGUCAUGUUCAUGACGGAAACGGCAUCAUGACAAAGAAAGGAAUUACUUUUGCCAACUCUUCCUAUGCAAUUUUCAAACGGCCUCAUAUAUUUGACUUCUUCACAAACACAUGAUUGACAAUGAUGGUAAUUUCUACCGAUGCAGCUUUCUAUAUGUUAGGUUUCCGUCAAGAUUGUAAGCUGAAUUUUUUUUCAUUUUAAUUUAAAACUGUCUUGUAACAUCUCAUUGUGAAGAUACAUUCAUUUCAUUCUUAAUAAACUCUUCAUAUACAAACUCUCAGACACAAAAUCUCUUGUUCACCGAUAAGUUUCCCUUCUCAAGAGAAUGUUAAAGUACUUAGUGUUGCUAAGCAAACAAAAGGAAUCUUAAUAUCCUCCUUGUUAAAAUGUACCAUAUCCAGUUUGGGAAUAUAUUCUUUAUAUUGUCUUUUCGGAUAUGAAGAAAAUCUCAAAAACUGAGCUGAUAUUAGCUAUAAAUGCAUGUGUCAUAAAUAUACCAAAACAUUGUUCAAUUGAUUUGAACAGGUUUCUGAACUAAGUGUAUUUCAAAGUGAAACAUGGCUGCUGAAUUGAAUACUUUAAUGGGAAUUUUAAAAAGUAUUCUCUUUAUUUUAUAAACAGAAUAAAACAAUUAUUUUUGCUACUUUAUUCUAUUUACAAAUUCUAGUUUCAUAACAUUAUACUACAUAUUAAUUGACAAAAGUAUUACUUGGCUGAGCCUUUGAAAUGUUUUACAAAUGUUUAAAAAAUAUGUUUUAAAAUUUCAUAUCAAUAUGCAAGAUCUAUUAUGAAAUAUAUAGUUCUCUUUAUUUUAUACAGUGCAGGAGAAAUAUAUUUUCCGUUUGUAUGUGUUUAUUUGUACAAGUGAAAGUAAGUUUAAAAAAGGUUUUAGGUCUUUCAGAUGAUAUAUUUCUUUUUAACAUUUUGAUAUAUGAUUAAAAAGUUGU